AUUAAUAACACAGGUAAUGGUACCAUUGAUUUUCCUGAAUUCCUAACAAUGAUGGCCCGUAAAAUGAAGGAUACCGAUAGUGAAGAGGAAAUCCGAGAGGCAUUCAGAGUAUUUGAUAAAGAUGGCAAUGGCUUCAUUUCAGCGGCUGAAUUGCGUCACGUCAUGACAAAUUUGGGUGAAAAAUUAACAGACGAAGAAGUCGAUGAGAUGAUCCGCGAGGCUGACAUCGACGGUGAUGGUCAAGUCAAUUACGAAGGUAAGCGACUAAAAUCUUUUUUUAAAAUGUGUUAG